AUGUCCGCUAUCCAGAACCUCCACUCUUUCAACCCCUUUGCUGAUGCAAGUAAGGGUGAUGAUCUGCAUCCUACUGGCACUGAAGAUUAUACCCAUAUAAGAAUUCAACAGAUGGACAACCAAGAGGGCGCAAGAAAGAGCAGGAAGACCCUUACUACUGUCCAACGGAUCACUGAUAAUUUUGAUAAAAAGGAACUAGUAAAAGCAUUUAAGAAGAAAUUUACCUGCAAUGGUACUGUAAUUGAGCAUCCAGAAUAUGGAGAAGUAAUGCAGCUUCAGGGUGACCAAUGCAAGACCAUAUGCCACUUCUUCAUAAAUACUGGACUGGCCAAGGACGACCAACUGAAGGUUCAUGGUUUUUAA